AUGUCGGCCUCCCAGGCUGGCAUUCCAGGACUGGACCUCAUCUUGGAAUUCGUCAGUACCCAGGAGGAAGUCGAGCUGCUGGCCCUCGUGGAUGCCCAGCCCUGGGAGUACCUGGCCAAGAGGCGGGUGCAGCACCAUGGCAUGCGAUUUGAGUAUGCUACACGGCACGUGGAGGUGGGCGCUGCGCAGGCGCCGCUGCCACCCGCCCUCCAUGACUUUGUGGCGUUGCGCUUAGCCCCGCGGAUACCCGGCUCGCAGGCGCUGGAUCAGGUGACGGUGAACGAGUAUGUUGCUGGCGUGGGCCUGUCGCCCCACGUGGACACCCACUCCGCAUUUGGGGACACCCUGCUCUCCCUUUCCUUGGCCGGCCCUUGCGUCAUGGUGUUCCGGAAGGAAGGCCGUGCUGACGUGGCGCUGGCUCUGCCCCCACGGUCCCUGCUGGUCCUGCAAGGCGAGGCGCGGCAUGCCUGGCAGCACUACAUUCCUCACCGAAAAUCCGACAUGGUGGGAGGGGAGGUGGUGCUGCGUGCCGAGCGCCGUGUGUCCUUCACAUUCCGUCAGGUCCGGCAGGAGGGCGACCCCUGCAGCUGCCCGUUCCCCGACCAGUGCGAUAGCCAGGGCGCAGGCAUCCCCCCCACCAGAAUGGCAGCUCAGCGUGCACAGUGCGGGGCUGGGGCUGGGAGCACGCUGGAGGACGACCACGUGAACGGCGUGUACAACGCGAUAGCACCCCACUUCAGCGCCACAAGAUUUGCAGUGUGGCCCAAAGUGCGCGAAUUUGUGAUGGCCUUGCCCCCCGGCGCCUUGGUGGCCGACGUGGGAUGCGGCAACGGCAAGUAUUUUGGCCUCCGAAGCGACAUUUUUGUCCUGGGCACUGACAGGAGCACAGCUCAGCGUGCACAGUGCGGGGCUGGGGCUGGGAGCACGCUGGAGGACGACCACGUGAACGGCGUGUACAACGCGAUAGCACCCCACUUCAGCGCCACAAGAUUUGCAGUGUGGCCCAAAGUGCGCGAAUUUGUGAUGGCCUUGCCCCCCGGCGCCUUGGUGGCCGACGUGGGAUGCGGCAACGGCAAGUAUUUUGGCCUCCGAAGCGACAUUUUUGUCCUGGGCACCGACAGGAGCACAGGUCUGGCGGGAGUGGCAUCCCAGCGCGUCUCUGGAGGUCCCAUGCGCGGGCUCCAGGGCUCUUUACGCGCUGACGUCGCGGCCGCGGACGCCCUGGCGCUCCCCCUGCGCCCUGCCUGCAUGGAUGGCGUCCUGUGUAUCGCAGUGCUCCAUCACAUGAGCACCGUCGCCCGACGGCUGGCCCUGCUCCACCAGCUGCUGAGCACGCUGUGCCUGGGCGGCCGCGCCCUGGUGACCGUGUGGGCGACGGAGCAGGAGGGCAUGGCCCGGAAGCUGGAGAAAUGGGCGCCCCUGCCCGGGUCGGAGUCGGAGGCAAACGACUACCUGGUGCCCUGGCACGUCCCCAUGCACCGGGCCGAGGCGGCGGCCGCCGCUGCCCGGCCCAGUGCGGUGCUGGACGGCAAGAAGAGCACAGUGUGCUUCCAGCGCUACUACCACCUCUUCCGCCCGGGGGAGCUGGAGGGGCUGGUGAGGCAGGUGCCGGGCGCGCAGCUCCUGGAUGCCUUUUAUGACAAGGACAACUGGUGUGUGGUGUUUGGAAGGUUGUAG